AUGGUUGGGCUUUGCCAUUUCCUCCUCCUUCUGGUCGCCUUGGCGUCAUGCCUGGCUGCCGUUGUGGCUUCUGCAGCUGGAGGCGACGCUGGCGGUCCCAGGUGGCACGAACUGCUGGAGAGCGCCAUUGCAGUGGACACGUCAGACGAGACGGUCGUGAAAGCAGCCCUGUACGCGGUCGACCGCGUAUCGGAGGCCUAUGCCAAGGUGAUGGGCUCACCGCACUACAUCGCUCGAGUGGCUGCCGAGCCCUAUUUUGUGCUGGAGAGCAUCCAGAGAGCCUUCCUCAGAAAGCCGGGAGGCAAGUACUGCCUGGAGCUGGUGUUGAACAACCCCGUGGCCACCUCCAACCUGGGCGCCGUCCAGUACUUGACCGACCGUCUGCGCGCCACCCCCGAGCUCGGCGCCCUCUUCACCCGCUGGCGCACAGAGCGAAGGCAGGAGGAGACGCGCUUGAACAACGAGGGCAAGGAUGAGCCCUACAGCCCGCUGCAGCCCUUGACGCGCCGCGACAGCGCCAACGCCGACAUGCUGCCGCGCCACCUGCGGGCCUUCUUCAUGGGCCUCGACCCGAUCCAGGACGCCAACCAGCCGGUCCUGCUCGGUGCCACGCCCGAGGUGCAUCGCGUGGUGGUCAGCAUCGACCCUCUCGACGGCGAGUUCGAAGUGCAGUUCCAUCAGCGCGUGAGCCACACGCACGAGCGACAGCAAGACGACGCGGGUGACAAGACUGUUGAGCUUCUUCUUUGA